ACACAACAUCUGAUACAAGUUACAGCGUAUUUGAAUCUGUAUAGAUUUGAAUGUUAAUAUACAGACUGGUGUGUGCUAUACUUAUGUACAUGUAGUAGUUCAGUGUAGUUCUACAUGGAGUUAAUUAGUGGUUGCUCUAAAGUAACUUCAGAAGAGGAAUUUUACUGCAAAGCUGAUGAAUAUUGGAAGAACAUACCAUCCACAUUAAAUGGAAUGCUUGGUGGUUAUGGCCACAUAUCUCAAAUCGAUAUUCGUGGCUCUUACACAUUUCUAAAGAGGUUCUUAGAGGGUCCAGGAGCUAGAGUGAAACCUAACCGCGCACUUGAUUGUGGAGCUGGGAUAGGCAGAGUUGCAAAGCAUUUGCUGUUGCCAAUUUUCAAGACUGUGGAUCUUGCAGAACUGAAUUCAAAUUUUCUUGAGCAAGCACGUACAUAUUUGGGUGAUGCAUCUAGUAGGGUGGGGAACUACUACUGUUGUGGUCUACAGGACUUAAAACUAAAGGAAAAAUCCUAUGAUCUUAUUUGGGUACAAUGGGUAACAGGUCAUUUGACAGAUGCUCAUUUUGUAACAUUUUUAAACGAAUGUAAAUCUGCCUUGCGCAAAGGAGGUCUCAUUAUCAUUAAAGACAAUGUUGCAAUUCUGGAAGUUGAACUUGAUUCUGAUGAUAGUAGUGUAACUAGAAACCCUGAAGAAUUGCGACAUAUAUAUAACACUGCAAACAUGAAAAUACUUUUCGAGCAAAAACAAACUCAUUUUCCACCAGAGUUGUAUAAUGUUUACAUGACUGCAUUGGAGAGUAAAUAGCUUUGAUUUUCUAUCUCUGUUUCUAUGGUUUUAAUACAACACUUUAAUAGACUUUGUAUAUGUUUUAACUGCAGGUCUCCAGAAUUUAUAUGCGUUAAAAAUGG